UCAGCCAAACAGAGGAGAGCGCUGUAGGACUGAGGCGGGGCCGGUGCUGGAAGAAGAAUACAUUGUAAAUCUCUGAUCUCUACCGGUGCCGUGAUGACCGCUCACUCCUCCACCAUCCCCUUCAUCAUCUUCACCACCUUCUGGGGGUUUAUCGGCAUCGCCGCCCCAUGGUUCGUCCCCAAAGGCCCCAACCGAGGGGUCAUCAUAACGAUGCUGGUGACCACCGCCGUCUGCUGCUAUCUCUUCUGGCUGGUGACGAUCUUAUCGCAGAUCAAUCCAUUGUUUGGGCCUCAGCUGAAGAAUGACACCAUCUGGUACAUAAGAUUUGUGUGGGAGUAAACGUUGGAUAUUCACUUAGUGAUGGUGUUCCCGGGGUCGGUAGAACGCGUUGUCCUUCCCUUCCUCCUCAGAUACAAUUCUACAGACUCCCAAAAUGGCGGAUCGGUCCCCAGCAGAAGCCAAACUCCUCGCCAUCUUUAUGUCACCAUCUGAUCUAUCCGCCUCGUGUGCCGUGUAAAAUGUACUUCAUACACCUGAAUAUCCUGUACAGGUUGGGAUCGGUUGUCAUCGGUUUCAUUUUUUGUCUGCCAUUCGGAAAGGUCUUCCCGGUGCAGCCAUAAAAUCCGGUUCAUAACAUUCCAAUUCCAGGAAAUCUUCGAUCCUUGUCCUAGAACACGUCAUAAUCUACAGAACUCUCUGCAUUGCUCACAGCUGCCAAUCGGUGUGAACCCGGGGGGGUUAGAAGAUCUCCACCAAUUCUGUACUGCUGACCCACCAUGAGGGAAUACACAGGAUUAUCAUUACACAAGAGGACGAGGCGCCUACAUUUACAGGUCAAAGGUCACAGCCUUGUUCCCCUUCUCUGAACUCCGACCCGGGUGUAUUCCUCAUCACAGAGUGAAGGAAAAUCCCCUCUGUGUCCCACCAGACAGCGCUGAAACACCACCCCCUCUGCUCAGACAGCGCUGAAACACCACCCCCUCCGCUCAGACAGCGCUGAAACACCACCCCCUCCGCUCAGACAGCGCUGAAACACCGCCCCCUCCGCUCAGACAGCGCUGAAACACCACCCCCUCCGCUCAGACAGCGCUGAAACACCACCCCCUCCGCUCAGACAGCGCUGAAACACCACCCCCUCCGCUCAGACAGCGCUGAAACACCACCCCCUCUGCUCAGACAGCGCUGAAACACCCCUUCGCAUCCACCCAGACAGCGCUGAAACACCCCUUCGCAUCCACCCAGACAGCGCUGAAACACCCCUUCGCAUCCACCCAGAUAGCGCUGAAACACCCCUCCGCAUCCACCCAGACAGUGCUGAAACACCCCUCCGCAUCCACCCAGACAGCGCUGAAACACCCCUCCGCAUCCAGCCAGACAGCGCUGAAACACCCUCUUUGCGUCCACCGAGACAGCGCUGAAACACCCCUCCGCAUCUACCCAGACAGCGCUGAAACACCCCUCCGCAUCAACCAAGACAGCGCUGAAACACCCCUCCGCAUCUACCCAGACAGCGCUGAAACCCUGCCCCCUCCAUGUCCGCCCAGACAACUCUAAAAACCUCUUCCGUGUCCACCCAGACAGCGCUGAAACCCCGUCUCCCCCACCCAGGCAGCAGUAAAACCCCACCCCCUCUGCAUCCACCCAGACAGCGCUGAAACACCCCUCCGCAUUUACCUAGACAGCCCUGAAACCCCGCCCCCUCCAUAUCUGCCCAGACAGCGCUAAAAACCUUCUGUGUCCACCCAGACAGUGCUGAAACCCCGUCUCCCCCACCCAGGCAGCAGUAAAAACCCCACCCCCUCCCUCCUCAUCCACCCAGACAGCGCUGAAACACCCCUCCGCAUCCACCCAGACAGCAGUAAAAACCCCACCCCCUCCACGUCUGUCCAGACAGCAGUGAAAACCCUCCUAUACGUCCACCCAGACAGCACUGGAAAUCCUCUUCGCACACAUCGACGGCAGUAAAAAAAA